AUGGCAAGUAAAAGUCCAACGGAGUACAAGAUCAGAUAUGAAGAAAUCGGAUACCCUCAGGCCAUGAAGCUAUUCGCAUCAAUUAGAUGUUUCACGUCCAAGGACGAGGUUUGUUUCACCAAGGUCAACUCUGCAAUUUUUGAUAUACCAAGGUCAAAGGUGGCUGCUUUAAAGGCGGACGGCACGAUACGGUGUUUUGCCGAUGUCAAGUACGAACCCGGGCCCGAGUCCCGCCAUUCCUCGACAGCGUUUGGCCUGGCCAGGACUCUGGUCGACGAGGGUCCGCGCCCGUACUUUACCGACAACAUGACCACCAUGUACUAUGAUGAUGACAUGCGUGUUGAAGAAAGCUUUGAGCUUAAUCCAUUCUUUUCAAGCUCCUAUUCUCGGGGCCGCCGCAGGGUAGAUGCCCAGCUACAGAACCGGGUGCUCGCCGGACGAGAAGAAGCGGUGCGGAAGGGGUACCGCAAAUGCACGAGUAAGGAGAGGGUGGUAGUCGCCUCGCCGGUACAAGAGAUUUCUCCGCCGUGCGCUCCCAUCAAUCAAUAUGGGCUGUCCGCUCAGACCCCGGAACUUGGGCGGGGGGUAUCUGUGCCCUCGAAAGUUCCGUCCUUGCAGAAUGGCUUCCAAUGCAAGGGUCUGAUCAGCGACGGACCCGUUUCUGUUUCCCACGGGAUGGGCGCCGACGAGUGCAUGGUGAACGAAUCCGUAAGGACCCUCGCGGCCUCGCCGGUUGAUGAACAUCCCUGGCAUCCAUCCAUGAUUUCUACUUCCCUGCAGGCGCAGGCGGAGUGAAGCAAGCAGGUUCCCGACCCGCCAAGCCGGGCAGGCCGAUAACCUAGGUAGGUACUAAGGUAUUUCCGUAGGAACUGAGGUGCCCGCUGAGGUUCAAAACCCAAUGUAUAUAAAUUCAGGAACGAGGAAAUUGG